GUCAACCGAAUGCUUCAGUCUACUCGGACAGUCUUCCAAUCUCCAGCAUGACCGGAUCUUCAGCAUCGCCUGGUUGAAGGUGCGAUUUAGAAGUGCAAAGAUAGUGUAGUAGCCGAUUGAGUAAUUCUCCAUAAUGGGCUGUGUCGUCUCCAAAGUGGACCUUAUGCAGAGUACACAACAUGCUCUACACUCUCGGGGACCUGUCUCAUGCAAGCAUUUUUGAAGCUUGGCAUGAUGCUAAGUCGGCCGCUUCAUCUCGGUCUAUUCCUUCCGCUGAAUCGAGAGCAAGAAAAGAGCAAAACACGAUAGAGGUCUAGACGGCUAUAAAAGGCCGUUGAGAACACAUGAGAUGUUAGUUUUCUUCGUUCUUCCGCCCGACACCAGCUCCAUUCACCUAGCACUUUUAGUCAUUACUCCGAAAACCUCUAUUAGAAUCUCGAUCAUGCACCUCCCAAGUCUCGCCAUGAUCCUCACCCUCGCGGCCACCACAGCAGAGGCCGCAAAGAUCAACCUCGAGAUCGGCUACUUUUCAACCAUUGUCCCUCCUAUCGGCGGCAACAUCCCCGGUAUUGGUUGUGGUCCUUGGGCCCUUGCCACAGGAGCUGAUGGCUCUUCCAAGAGUCCUACUGGGAUGAGUGGCGGAGAUGAGUGCCCCAACGCACAGCUGAAGAACUUCUGUCAGAGGUUCGGAUGUCCUCAGACGCUGAGAUUUGGCAACACGCUUGCUUUCCAGAUUCAAUCUGGUAGUGGACAGAAUCUUAGGGUUCAAGGGAGUGUGCUCAAUGGAAAAUCACAGACUUUGACUUGCGGGCCAUCUUUCCUUACUCACUCUGGGAACAAGUACCGUACUAAUAUCUGUUACUUUGAUCUUUGACUACGAGGCUUUGAAUGGCGCUAGACUUGAGCAGCUUUGAAUGAAGACGGGAGACUGAUGCAUGGAAUUACACAUCCGUUGAAUUAAGACAGUUUUCAUACGAAGGGUUAUUUUUUUGUACUAUUAGCCCGGAAUCAAUAUCGUCUCGCGAAAUAGCUAUAUCCGAUACGUGGCCAAG